CAGCCGUUGGAUCCGGCUCUAAACCCUAAGCCCGUGGAGGCACCUAUAUAAGCCAACCCCUAAGCGGGGCGCACCUUGAGCGAGGAAGAUCAACCGGCGGCGCAGCCACAGAGGGAACCCGAAGCCGCCGCCAUGGGUAUUUCGCGUGACUCCAUGCACAAGCGCCGCGCCACUGGCGGCAAGCAGAAGGCCUGGAGGAAGAAGCGAAAGUAUGAGCUCGGUCGUCAGCCUGCUAACACCAAGCUGUCUAGCAACAAGACAGUGAGGAGAGUCCGUGUCCGUGGAGGCAAUGUCAAGUGGAGGGCCCUACGUUUGGAUACUGGCAACUACUCCUGGGGAAGUGAGGCUGUGACCCGCAAGACCCGUCUCCUCGAUGUGGUUUACAACUCCUCCAACAAUGAGCUUGUCAGGACCCAGACCCUUGUGAAAAAUGCCAUUGUGCAAGUUGAUGCUGCCCCCUUCAAGCAGUGGUACCUCACUCACUAUGGAGUGGAUAUUGGUAGGAAGAAGAAGACCCCUGCUGCUACCAAGAAGGAUGCUACUGAGACAUUGCAGGAUGGUGAUGCUGCUGCACCUGCUGCUGCGGCUGCAGAGGAAACCAAGAAAAGCAACAAUGUCCAGAGGAAGCUGGAGAAACGCCAACAGGGUCGCACCCUAGACCCCCACAUCGAAGAACAAUUUAGCAGUGGAAGGUUGUUGGCAUGCAUUUCUUCCCGCCCUGGGCAGUGUGGACGAGCUGAUGGCUACAUCCUUGAGGGUAAGGAGCUUGAGUUCUACAUGAAGAAGCUCCAAAAGAAGAAGGGCAAGGGUGCCGCUGCUUAGAGCAAAUCCUAAGAACUCUUUUUGUUCCCUUGAUACUGUUAGCUGUUUGGAGUCUGUCUUAUGCUUGCGGACAAAUGGCUGGUUGUUUCCCCCCUCAAAAUUGAUCUUGUCUAGCAUGAAGAGCUGAGAAUUGUUUAUGUACUCUCGUAUUAUUAGUUUCUAUGUGUACUCUUUUGGAUCGUCGUUUAUAAUUUUGAACUUAGCUGUUUUGCCUGA